CACUCUCUCUCUCCCUCUCUCUCUCUCUCCUUGCACUUCCUCAAAGUGGCCAGGGCUCUUCUCUUUUCUCUUGUCCUCUCCACAUCCCUCCAACACUCCUUUUUCUCCCUCCAGGGCGACCAAUACACCAGCUCCCGUCCAUCUCCACAAGUUAAAAAAAAAAACCAAGAAGGAUCUCUUUCCCAAACUUCCCUCCAAACAUUUUCAUUCUUACUUGACCUUUUUUUUUUUUUUUUUUGUUCCCCUGGUCCCUCACUCGUUCUUCUCCCUCCGGAGAGGCCGGUGUCGGUGAGUGUGUCUGGCGUGUGCGAGGGUCUCCGGUGUCGUGCUCUUUGCCCCCCUGAGGGACUCCCCUAAACAGCUUUUUUGACUGGAGAGAAGAUCGCAGAAGAAGUUUUCCUUCACAAUGAAAGUUCAGCUGCUGCUCCUCCUGGCCCUGGCCGGCCCUUUCUGUGCCUUCACUCGUGCAAGCCCCACAGAGAUCCCUACAGAGGUGGCCACAGACGCCCACGAAGAGGACGCUGUGACAGAAGGAGCGGUCUUCACUACCGAUGUUGCAAAACAAGACCUCAUCACUCUCCUCACCGGGCCCCCACCGACCCAACCGGAGACGGCCCCUAGCGAGGUCGAGACAGAAGCUGCCACUGAGGCAGCACCUCUCUCUACCGAAGAGGCCAUCGUUGAGACAGAAGGCCCCGUUGCCUCUACUGCAGCAGCACCAGAACCCCUCGCCACCGACGCUCCUGUUGUGACCGAGGCGGCAGAGGUCGACGUCCCAGCCGAGCCGACGGCGGCUGUUCAGGCGGAAGACGAAGUCAUCGUUGAGGGGGGCAUAGAAGAUGGCCUGAGCUCUGGUCAGGUAGUCGGCAUCGUGAUCGGCGCUCUGCUGGCGGUGAUCAUCGUCAUCGCUGUGGUGAUCGCAGUGGUGAGGAGGAUGGGCAAAUACUCCCCUUGAGGAAAAAGUCGGCCAAGCAGCAGGAGCGCGCAAAGUUCUGGAAAUUCUGAACUACUGAACUGUGAUGUUAUUUCUGAUCAUUAAAACAAGCACGAUACCAGAACUAAACCAAUCUAACCAGGACUCUGGACUGUUGCCAAAAAAAGCAAAACAAAACACACAAAAAAAAGCCAAGAAACGAGGGGGAGGGAGGUUUGUGUGUGUUAAUGUAUAUACUGCAUGUAUGUGAGACAAGACGGGGUACAUGAGCCGACAUCCUCACCUCCCCUGCUACCUCCUCGAUCCCUGGGAGCUGCUGAUAUUAAAAGGCUCUGUCAGCCCCCCUACUCCCUUGAAGAGAACAAAACAAGGUGACAGCAGGAUGUCACAAAGAAUUUCAGGGCUUUUCAAAUGCAUUUUGUCGAGAGAAAAAAAAAGAGAGAAGAAGAAGAAGAAGAAGAGGAUUAUCUGACAUCCAGGGGGGGAAAAAAUUCUCUCCUUUUAAAGUGAUGUAGCGACUGACUUAGAUUAAUGCUGAAGUUGGAGAAAAGGGUAUAAAAAUGGAAAAUACUGACAAAAAAAAAAUAUCUAAAUCAAACACACAAAGAGAGUCAGGAUUAGGAAAGAAAGCAGGAAAUACUGUUGCAAAUUCCACAGGAUGUAUAUACAAUGCAAGGGGACUACAUAGUAUACAGCUAAUGACUUUCUCAUAUGUUGCAGUUGCAUAGGCUAGCAUUUGAUAUUAUGGAAUACGCAGUAUGUACAGGCAGCCCUAGGCUAUCGUUGUGGCUAAAACACCCCCCUGAGCACCGGUUAGAAUAUCUUCUCCACAAUCCCCGAUAUGUCGGCCAACUGUAUGAAGCACAGAGUGCCGAAGUUGUUCUGACAUAACGCUCAUGAGCUCUGAGGGCGAGCAGCAAAGCAAAAAGAAAAAAAAGGCACCCUCAUUUGCAAGAGUAACGUGACAUUCUGCCCACUUUAACACUGACAUAUAAAAACCUAAUACAUAUCUGUGAAAUUUAGCAGAAGGGUUUGUGCCACUGUCUCUGGUAUUCUCUAGCUAGCUAGGAAGAUUUUAACUUUUGAAGUGCAUUAUUAAUGUGAAUUGACUGUACUUUUUAACUGACACCCAUUCCAAAAAAAAAAAAAAAAACAAACACAAGAACAACUUGAAUGACUUCUUGCUUGUUCAUUAUAAAGGCUCACACGCAGCCAGCCAUGUCUUGACAAUGCAUUCAUAGUAAUUCUGUUAAUAGUUAGAUUACCAGAACAGUCAUCCGGCCUUUAAAUUGAGCUAACCCCAGAUUUGCAUGCACAGGGUGACGUCUCAUAGUUGCACUUAGUUGUAGUGCACAGUGUUAGGCAGUUGUGCCCUCUUUUUUUUGUUUUUUUUUUGCAAUUGUAAGUGUGCUAAAUGGGUCUACAGAUAAUGAAGUCUCAACUUACCCCUGCUUGCUUUACAGACUUGUUUAAUAUGUGCACUGAAUGAGUGGUGUAAUGUUUAAUGAAUAGGCUUUAGACACUGCAAAUGUUUGCAACGAUACGUGUUUGUUUCCUCCCUUCUGCUUCGCCACAUAUUAUCACUUCUAGGUCUUUAAUUUGUUGCCGUCCGAUUCGUUCAAGCCUUUUAUUUAAUUGCAGUGUUUUUUUUUUUUUGUUCAUACUGUUUCAAUAAAAAACUGAAAACACUCCA